GUUCUAGAAUCCCCUAAUCUUUUUCUCAUUGAAUAUUACUUUCUUUCAGAGAUAUGCUUUGACUGAUGACUAAUUCAAUUGCGACUUGAAUCUGUUCAUUUAUAUGAAUCUAGUCUAUAUAAUAGUAUGGCUAAAGCUCUUGGAAAUGUAGAGGAAGAAGAUAGGAGAGACAUGAGGAUGAUGGGUUCACUUCUUCUUCUGGCGAUUUUAGCGUUUGAUUUGGUUCUAAACGUUUCUGCUAAUGCCGAAGGGGAUGCGCUGUAUGCAUGGAAGACCAAGUUGGUUGAUCCUAACAAUGUUCUCCAAAGUUGGAAUGCUAGCCUCGUAAAUCCUUGCACUUGGUUUCAUGUUACAUGCAACAGUGACAAUAGCGUGGUCCGUAUUGAUCUUGGAGAUGCAAACCUUUCGGGUCCACUGGUUCCCCAGCUUGGUCAGCUCUCAAAUCUGCAAUAUUUGGAAGUCUAUAGCAAUAAUAUAUCAGGAACAAUUCCGAAGGAGAUUGGAAAUUUGACAAAGUUGGUGAGCUUGGAUCUUUUCUUCAACAGAUUAAGUGGUCCCAUCCCAGACACAUUGGGCAACCUUCAAAGGCUACGUUUUCUGCGUCUCAACAAUAACAGCUUAUCAGGAAACAUUCCUAUGUCCUUGACUGCCAUUGCCUCUCUGCAAGUCCUUGAUCUCUCAAGCAACAAUCUAACAGGAGAUAUCCCAAUCAAUGGCUCCUUUGCAUUUUUCACUCCCAUGAGUUUUCGGAAUAAUCCUGGAUUAAAACCUCAAAAGUUCCCUCCACCUCCACCAAGGUUUCAAAUUGCGCCAACUCCUUCAGCUGGAGGCCCCUCUUCUGCAUAAUCAGCUCCAACAUCAUGAACUCUUGCCCAGUUUCUGCCUAUUUUCUCUUGCUUCUGGGCUCAUAAUCCUUCCAAUUUGACAAUAGAGAGACUGUUACCAGAUGAUGAGUUCCUAUUUUGAUAAUUUCUGUGUGUGUGUGUGUGUGUGUGUGUUGAUGGGCCAUUAUUUUGGCAUACUGUUA